AUGGACGAGUCAGAGUUUGUGAGCUUGUUGUCGGCCUUGUUGGCGCCCGAUACGGAGAAGGUGAAGGCGGCCACCAGCCAGCUCAAUCAGAAAUACUACAAAUCACCGCAGUCGGUGACGGCGCUCCUACAGAUCCUCAUCAACCACCCCGAGGCGUCCCUGCGGCAAUUGGCGGGUGUCGAGGCACGCAAGCUCGUCUCGAAGCACUGGGUGCAAGUCCCUGCCGACCAGAAGCCACAGCUGCGGGAGCAACUCCUGCAGAGCACCAUCAACGAGGAGCAGCAGCUGCCCCGACACACCAAAGCCCGAGUCAUCGCCGCAAUCGCCAAGAUCGAUCUCGAAGAUGGCGAAUGGAGCGAACUGCCGGGCAUUCUGCAGCAGGCCGCGACCAGCGAAACGGCCCGGCACCGCGAGGUCGGCGUCUACAUCAUCUACACCCUCCUUGAGACGAUGCCCGACGUCUUCCAGGAGAACAUGGGCUUAAUGCUCACUCUCUUCAACCGCACCAUCCAAGAUCCGGAGUCAGUCGAGGUCAGGGUGAACACAAUGCUUGCUCUCUCGGAGCUUGCCAUGGUGCUGGAUACGGAGGAGGACACCAAGAGCCUGAAGGCUUUCCAGAGCACAAUCCCACACAUGGUCAAGGUCCUGCAGGCGACCAUUCAGGAAGACGACGAGGAGCAUACCAUGCAGGCCUUCGACGUGUUCAACAAGCUGCUGAGCUACGAAAGUGCCUUCCUCAACGCACACUUCGGCGACCUCAUCCAGUUCUUUAUGCAGGUCUCCUCCAAGACCGAGAUCGACGAUGAGGUGCGCUCGCAGGCGAUCAGCUUCUUGAUGCAGGCCGUUCGUUAUCGCAAAUUCAAGAUCCAGAGCCUGAAGGUCGGCGAGCACAUGACCAAAAUGUGCCUGCAAAUCGCAACCGAGCUCGACGAGUUACCUUCAGACGAGGACGACAUCUCGCCCGCACGAUCCGCGCUGGGUCUCCUGGACAUCUUGAGCGAGAGCUUGCCUCCCAGUCAGGUCGCUGUACCGCUUCUCAAGGCUAUCGGCCCGUACGUUCAGCACAACCAGCCCGAAUACAGAAGAGCCGGCAUCCUCGCCCUCGGCAUGUGCGUAGAAGGGGCGCCGGACUUCAUUGCCACACAGCUCAACGAGAUCCUCCCACUCGUACUUAGCUUACUGCACGACCCUGCCACCAGCGUCCGGAGCGCAGCACUGAACGGCGUCUCUCGCCUGGCCGAUGACCUUGCCGAAGACAUGGGCAAGGAACACGCUAAGCUCAUCCCGGCCCUUAUCGACAACUUUGACAAGGCCGUACAGGGCAUGCAGCAGGCACAAGAGGGAUCGGACGAGCACGAACUCAACACCCACAUUGUCAAGGCCAGUGCCGUUGCUGUCGACUCCCUUAUCGAGGGCCUCGACGCGGAAGACGCUGCACAAUAUGUGAAUCAGCUGGUCCCACGUUUCAGUUCGCUCAUCGAGCACCCAGAUCAUAAGGUGCAAAUGGCUGCUGUCAGCGCUCUCGGUAGUGUUGCGAGCGCUGCUGAGAGUGCCUUCCAGCCGCACUUUCAGCAGAUUAUGCAGAGCUUGUCCCGCUACAUCGAGAUCAAGGAUAGCGAGGAACAGCUCGAACUCAGAAGCAUGGUCAUCGAUUCGCUUGGCAAGAUUGCCAGCGCUGUCGGCGCAGAAGCCUUCCAGCCUUACGUUCGCCCGCUCAUGAACGCUAGCGAAGAGGGCUUGCACCUCGAUCACCAGCGUCUAAAGGAGACGAGCUUCAUCCUGUGGAGUACUCUUGCCAGAGUAUACGAGGAGAACUUUGAGCCAUUCCUCAAUGGUGUGGUACAGUCUCUGUUCGCCUGCCUUGAUCAAGAGGAGACCGACGGCGAAGUUCAGCUCGGCGAGGAAGCUUCAGAUCUCAUUGGUCAAGAAAUCACCAUCGCCGGCAAGAAGAUCAAGGUUGCUGGUGCUGGAGGUGUCAACGAAGGCGACAUUGCCGAGGAAGACAUCGUCAAGGCUCUCAUGGAAACCGAGGACGACGAUGACGACGACUGGGAUGACCUCGGUGCUGUGACAGCCGUCGCAAUGGAGAAGGAGAUCGCUGUCGAAGUACUCGGUGAUGUUCUGACACACGCCAAGGGCAAGUUCCUGCCAUACAUGGAGAAGACAAUUGCGACCACAUUGCCGCUUCUCGAACACAUCUUCGAAGGUGUACGCAAGAGCGCAAUCAGUACUCUUUGGCGCGCAUACGCCUGCAUGUGGGGCCUAGCUGAGGAUAAUGGCAUGCAGAAGUGGCAGCCCGGUCUUCCGCUAAAGGUUCAGCCAACCUCUGACCUCCAGAAACUGGGCGACCUCGUCAUGAAGGGCACCCUCGCUCUAUGGGAAGAGGAAAUGGAUCGGGCGACAGUGACUGAGGUCAACCGCAACCUGGCUGCCACUUUGAAGCUGUGCGGUCCAGCUGUGCUCGCCCCAAGUGGAAACGACAGCGCCACUCCCAUCGAGCAGGCUACCGCCGCCCUCCUGCUCAUUCUCCAGCGCGAGCACCCUUGCCAAAAGGACGAAGACGACUUCGACGAGCCAGCGCCCACUGACGGCGAAUCCGCCGAGUAUGACUGGCUGGUCGUUGAGACGGCUCUAGAGGUGAUCGGCGCUCUCGGCACGGUCCUUGGCGAACAAUUCGCAGAGCUUUUCAAGAUUUUCGAGGGACCGAUCAUGAAGUUCUGCUCCUCCCAAGAGCGCUUCGAACGCUCUUCGGCAGUUGGUACCCUCGCUGACUGCGUCGAGGCCAUGGGCCCGGCUUGCACGCCGUACACUAGCAAGAUCAUGCAGCUCCUACUGAAGCGCCUGAGAGACGAAGACAAGGAAGUAAAGAGCAACGCGGCAUUCGGUAUGGGCCUUCUUUGCCUGAACAGCACCGACGCCAAGACGAUCUUGUCCAACUACAACACCAUCCUCGGCCUGCUCGAGCCGCUGCUGCAAAAUCAGAGCAACCCAGAUGACACAGAAGCCCGUCUACUUGACAAUGCCGCUGGCUGUGUCAGCCGCAUGAUCAAGAAGGCACCAUCGAACGUUCCCUUGGAGGAUGUUCUGCCCCGUCUCGUUGAGCUUCUGCCCUUGAAGGAGGACUUCCGUGAGAACGAACCUGUAUUCGACAUGAUCAUCGGUCGAUACCAGGCACAGGACCAGACUAUCAUGAACUUGUCAAGCCAACUCUUGCCGAUUUUGGAAAAGGUGAUCGGUCCACCUGAGGAGCAGCUCAGUGAGGAGACCAGGAACAAGCUUGCCCAACUUGUGCAGCACUUGAGAGGCUAA